AUGGAGGAAUGGAUGGAGGAUGUCCUGCGCAGGGUCCCACAGCGCAUUCGUUCAUCUCUGAGAGAUUUCUUGUUACCAUUCAGCGCAAAAACCAAACCAGUCGCUGACAUGACGUGCAAGGAAGUGUGUGAGUUUUUCCGUCUGACGGACGACUUAUCUUUCGACUGGUCGCUCGAACCACACGAGCGGAAGACUGUGCCGGACUAUCUGAAAUCCAUACUAGAAGACUAUAACCUCUGCAUGGCAGGAUCACGGGAGAAUGAAGCCCUUGUCCGUACCCGUCUCGACGCUAUCUUGAUGACCACUCUUGCGGCGAAAAAGAAGGGGGAAUGGGGCCAGACCUGGGGAGCAUCUAUGGAGAGCGUUGCCUCGUACAAAUCCCUCCAUCUACAAUUUGAGACACCUCUCAAAUGCCCGGUCAUGCACAAGAAUAGAGAGAUCAUCCUCAAUGGUAGGGCUGAUUAUUCGCUGUGGUACGAAACAGUUGACGAGCCCGAGAGUAAUAUGGUCGUGGUGGAGGCCAAAGCUCACGAGGGUGACCGCACUGGAGAAUGGCAGACAUUGACCUACAUGGCUAUAAUCCACUCAGCCAGGAAGAAAGCGGGUAGAUCUGAUACCACAAUAUAUGGAGUUGCCACAGACAGCCAUCGGUUCAUCUUCAUGCGUUUAGAUAACAAUUCAAAAUGGUCGAAGCUGGAGACCACAUGGGACACUCCUGAAGGGGCUAUCACGGUGAUUUCGCAUCUGCACAAGAUAAUGGACCAUGCUGCAAUGCUCUCGCCGGUUGCUACGAGACAGUCUGCAUCAGAAAGGAAGCGACCAAUGGAGGACCCCCGGCUCGAGGAGACACCGUCUACAGCCCUAAGGUUGGGCUCGAUAGAGGUCAGUGAACCCUUCGAUCUAUUUCGUGAUACAGAAUGGUCGUCUGGCAAUCACUAG